AUGGACAACAAGGAAACUCAGAGAGAGAAACACUUUGUGCUGGUCCAUGGGGCUUGUCAUGGAGCUUGGUGCUGGUACAGAGUGGCCACUCACCUCAAGUCCUCAGGCCACAAGGUCACUGCCUUGGAUAUGGCCGCUUCGGGGAUCCAUCCAAAGCAAGCUCAAGAAUUGAAUUCGAUGGUGGAAUAUGUCGAGCCUCUCUUCGAAUUCUUGGAGGGUCUUCCUGAAGAAGAGAAGGUGAUUUUGGUAGGGCAUAGCAUGGGAGGGCUUGUCCUUUCAAUGGCCAUGGAGAGAUUCCCUGAGAAAGUAGAUGUUGCUGUUUUUGCAGCUGCUUUCAUGCCUGGUCCUGAGCUCACUUUUCACUCCAUUCAAGAGCAUGAUCGCAGAGACUCGGCACGCGCUUCCAAUGAUGGCCAUGCACAACCUCCCACUUUCAUGUCAUUUGGAUAUGAUUUACUCUCUUCCAAGCUCUAUCAACUCUCCCCACCUGAGGAUUUGACUUUGGCAUCCUACUUGGUGAGGCCAUCUCGUCUGUUCCCUAAUCAAGCGAAGAUGAUGGAGGAAGUAGCUGUGACGAAGGGCAAAUACGGCAUCGUCCGCCGGGUGUACAUCGUGUGCGACCAGGACCUCAUCAUAACGGAAGGCUUGCAGAGAUGGAUGGCGGAGAUGAACCCGCCAGAUGAAGUGAAAGUGAUCUCUGGGGCCGAUCACAUGGUCAUGUUCUCUAAGCCACUGGAGCUUCAUGAUGCUCUUAAAGAGAUUGCUGAACGUUAUUGCCUUUGA